GAAACUGUCAUUCCUUGGGUCCAGCGGCAGCGAAGAUCCGCGCACAGUGUGCAUUGAAGAAAAAUGCACCAAAAACUGACGGAAAAGCAAGGAAACAAGCAAGAGGUUCGAUUUUUCGCCAAUAAUCCUAUUCUCUCUGCGCGGCGGUGUGUGGUCUUAUCGUAGCUGGCGGUUUGCCCCCGCGUUUUCCCGUUCCAGUGUUUUUUACGGGUUCCGCGUAUCGUGGCCACAGUUCGGGAAGUGCAAAUUUCCAAAAUACCAUUCCAUCGGUACCGUCGUCCCGUCGUCUUGUGAUUUGGUGCCUCUGGCUCUGACCCCGAAGGAGGAGUUUUUCGAAGUGCAACUAUUAUUCAACGUAUGACUUGCCGCAUUGCAAUACGUAUUACUAACUAAGCCGCAGUAGGAACGAUUAAAAGUGACCAUUUCAAAAACUGUGAUCGAACAAAAUAGCUCCAAUAGCUUGGUUAUCGUUUGCUGGAAGCUUUCCACACGUGGCAGUGGCGUCGAUACGGUUUGACGUACGGAUUGCCUCCGGAUGUGCCGCAACAGGAGAAGAACGUAGCACGUGAGCCGCCAGCGAAGAUUUCGCAGGGAAGAACGGGCAUCGAAGGAAGGAAGGAGGGCCGUCUUCCUGCCAGACGGGAUAGGAACAGACGGGUAACCGGUGGUGUGCUCCUUCUCUCGGUUUGGCAAAACGUCAGUCGCGUGCGGUGGUUACGGACGUUCGCGUAGAGGAAAGCAAUGGCGGAAGCGAUCAUUGCCGACUGGAUCUCCGACUAUAGUGCCCUCCAGGAAUCGGAACUGCGCACGUUUGCCGCCCAGCACGAGAAUGAUUUCGAGAUUUCCAAGGCUCUGUACACCAUCCUGAAUGAGCGGAUGAAAUAUAAGGAUUUAAUCCAUCCCAUUUGCAAUCAGCUGUGCAAUUUCUACCGGUCGAAUGAGGUCGAACUGCGCCGCUUUACGUUGCAGUUUGUACCGAUGUUGAUCUAUCUGUAUUUAAACUCGGUGGCACUCGGCGACAAAAAAGGUUGCCGUUCGAUCGAAACGCUACUGAUCUGCAUUUACAACAUUGAGGUUAGCUCAGAUGAUGGCAGUCCAAAGGUGGUUUCCUUUCGAAUGCCCGUCCUGGCGCAGGCAUCCGUCUACCAUGAGGAAAAAAGUCUACAACCAAGUGAUUUACGAAGGUGGGAGGAGAAUAGCAAUAAGGAUAUUAAUUGGGGACCGCUACCGUCGAUCGAAUCGAUCAACGCGCAGAACCGGCUUAAGGUGAUGACGGCGCUGCUGUUCACGUACAACCAGCAGCUGAAUCAGAUCCACAAACCUGCCCUGUAUCAUCUGUGCAAAACGACCUCGCUGCUGGUAAACCAGGGCUUUCCGAAGGUACCGGGCGGCCACAUGCACCGUUCGUCGUACGGUAACGAUCCGAUCUCACCGCAGCAACCGAUGGCGAUGGCUGCCCCAUCACAUGUCGUUAGACCGCCGCCACGGAUCGCCGUGAACGCCCAGUUCCUGGUGGAGCUGGCGCAUGCCAACUACUUCGCCAUGUUUAACGAGUUUGCGUCGGCAGCGAUCGAAGCGGUGACGGAUUUGCACAGUCGCGCGUGCUACGAAAUGCUUCCCGAGGUGAUACUGGUGACGAAUGCGAUACGCAACUCGUUACAUGCCAAUCCUUCCGGUCAACCCAGUGACGGUCCGAUGGGUAUUAGUGUUGCGCUGACGCCUGCUACAACGACGGUGACGGUGUCAAAGUCGAUGAUAACGAACGCCUCCUUCCGCACGAAGAAGCUACCAGACGAUCUGGAGGUUGAGUUUGUGAAUGCACUACAGUCGACGCAGCAGGAAAUGAUGAGCAAGUUGGCGAUGAUUGAUGCGGACGUAGGAAAUGGCCUUACGAGUGGAUUUGGCGUACAGACUGCAACUACCGGAGGAUCGGUUGCUGUCGGCAGCAGCGGCAACACAAGCGUUACGGUGGGCGCACUGAACAAUGGUCAAGAUCUAACCGGUGACACAGAUACAAACAGUCCCCGUAGCGAGCCGAAAAAGAAAGAAUCUUCACGAAAGUGGAAAAAUUGGGGCUGGAAGUCGAACACUGCUACGGCGCCAAACGCUAAUGGAACUGGAGCCGCAGGUCCGAAGCAGGCCAGCAUCGAGGAGGAAGCAGACUCCCCGAAACGAUCCGCUGGCUCAACGCGUCAUUCUAGUCCGGCCGAUUCACCCAAGCACAAGCUGCUGUUGGGUACGGGCAAGGUGGAGGACGUAAAUUCCUGUAGCAGUAUCUCACCGGCUUCGCUAAGACGCAAGAAGUUCCUAUCGAGCAAGAAUCAGUCACCGAUAAAUCGAUCAGAGGCACGUGCUAGUGCCGGUGCGCGGUUGUAUGAGGAGCUGGACAGCAGCCUGCAGGACUCGGACUCCGAUGAGCUGGCAGCAUUGAUAGUGAAUGGGCGGCCGGCAACGAUCCAUCUCAUACAAACGUCCACUAUUCCAGACGAUAUACCAAUACAGGGCCCAACGAAGGAAGAGAACGGUGGCCCACACCAUCUGACCAGCAUCAACGAAGAGGGUGAGAGUGGGCUGCCAUCGGCGGACGGUAGUACGAAAGGUGGCAGCGGAACGACGGCUGGCGGCAUUUCGGCAUCGGGUACACCGGGCAAACCGAAGGAUUCCAAAACGCAUAAGGUGCUGGGUGGUUUCAAGAAGCUGAAACCGGAAAAGGAUAAGGAUAAGGAUAAAGAUAAGGAUAAGGAGAAGGAUAAAGAUAAGGACAAGGAUAGGGAUAAGGAGGGAAGCGGCACGACGCCGGUUGUGCUGGUUUCGACCGGUUCCGGCGGUGGUGUAACGCUUCCGGUGAACAGCAGCAGUGCAGCGGCGGCAACAGCAGCAGGCAUCACCGUCGGCGGCACAUCGCUCGUUGAGGAAGCGAAGGCACUAAUGUCAUCGGUGAAGAAGAUUAACUCGAAGGAGAAAUUAAGUGCUUCCGGUGUCGGUGGUGGCCAACCGGCGACCGUCGUUGUGCUCUCGAAUGGAAGCAUCCUGAUGGGAUCCGGUCCACCGUGCAACAACACGACCAACGGGGACAGCUCGGACGGUGGGGUCGUAACGCUGACGGGGGCGGGCACGGCCAACGGUGGACUCGGCAAGCAGUCGCUCGACAUUGGCGAAUCGUUCGAUUCUGGCAGCGAACUGCUGCAGCAGCACGGCUCAACCACCAUCAACAGCGCGAACAGUAAUGGAGGCAACACGAUAAAAACCACCGUACUGGAUAUGAAGAACCACGGCAGUAUACAAGUUAGUCAAGUCUAGAUUGUCCAUUCGUUACGCUAGGAGUAUAUUUGUAUGGGUCGGGGCAGUGUGUUUGUGUGUAUAUGUGCGUAUAAUUUAGUUCCUCUCCUCCGUUUUUCGAUUGUCCUUUAUCCGCGAGUCGCGAAGGGAGGUUAUACAGUAUUGCAGAGGCCUUGUUGUAGAGCCUUCUUUAAGUUGUGUAUCAAAUUUAAAACUCCCCCAAAAUGCUUACAUGCAGACAUGCAACUUUUCCGUAUACUCGCUCGUAAACGUCCUGUAGCACACUGAAUGAUUGAUAAUAAUUUCGGGUUGGUUUUAUAGAUAGUAUUUUCGGUGCGUUUUUGUUACAAUACCAAAUAAGGACAUUCACGGCAAAACGUUCGGAGUGAAAGCCGCAUGUCCAUAAUGUUAAUUUGUGUGUUACAAUUGAAUUGUUUUUUUUUUCGUUUUUAUAUAUUUUCAUUUCAACCAUAAUAAUACGUUAAUCAUAAACUUAUUCAUGUGAUAGUUCAUUUUCUGUUGUAGCUUUAUUAUGUCAAUCGUUUCCACGGUCGCCUAAUUGUUGUAUCCAGUUAAAACUGUUUUGUAAAACGGUGGUGCCUACGCAUCUCCCGAUUGUUUUUAAAUAGUAUCUUCCGAAGGCGAUUUGCAUUCCAAUGCACUAGCCUGUUUUGUCCAUUCCCGGAGCGCUAGUCCGUGCGUAAAGGCUAAGUUGGGAGGUGGAAAACAGGCGCUAAAACAACGGUUGCGAUAAAUGUGUUUUAUUUUUUCCUGUUUUUUUGCCACUUUCCCCACCGGUGAUUGUACAACGUCGUGUUAUUGUAUAUUCCAUUUGUUCACGUUCAAGCCUCGUCAUUACCGAAUCAUCUAUUUUCGACGAGUGCUUGCUGUUACCUUCUCUUCACCCUACAAUACCGUUGAGUGAGUGCAUGGCGCUAAAUGCGGGGUAAACAUAACUCCCACGAAAAAAAAACAACCUUAAAACGACUGUUCCGAAUCAUAUCCUUCGGUACCGUUUGUCUGUUGAUAUGCUCUGGUAAUGGAUAUACUUGAGGUAAUGAUGAAGAUGAAAAAAACAUCUCAUUCUUCCCAUACUAACGGCCUACCGACGAACACAUGCUCUUGCGUUUGAAGAAUUCGUUAGCAAAUUUAGGUAUAAAUGAAUAAGUUUAGAGUAAGCAUCAUUUGAUUAGCAUCCUUUACUGAUUCAUUCAUUGUGGCAACUCAUUGCAAGUGCUCCUUUUUCGUUCGCUUGAGUUGUUAAAUACGCUAAAUAUGGUGUAAAACUUGUAUCUGCUUGUAAAAGUUGAUUUAUCUAACUUUUGAGUACUUUCCAGUAAAUCUUGCUAAUGUUUGUUUCGAUGUGUUUAUGUUGGGAUUUUACCCAAAAAAAUGCAGAAUAUAUGUUUUCUUAAUUCUUUGUUUAUUUGAAUGCAAAUCGGGAUCCGCUUCUACAUCGGGCAACAGCUGUGGAGAAUCUAGACGAUCAUUAAAAUACAAAAAAACAAACAUCAUUAGCAACUUCCGUUUGACGGGUCACUCACAUUCACAGGCAUGUUUGUCCACAAAUCACAAUCGAGCAUUGAUCCGUGGGCGAUUUUACGUUAUUAUGUUUGUAUUGUUUUUUUUCUACUUGCGUGUAGGCGUUGCACACGCUAAUCGAAGGUGUCACAGCGUUGCGUUAUUGCAGUUUGAAUCAAAACAGUUUUAUUUCAAUUAGGCGAAGAAGUCUGCACACGAUCGGAGGCGAAAGAGAGAGAAGAACAGGGUGUGUUGUUUCUAAAUACACAGCCAUUAAUUUGCGGUUGAUUUGAAUCCUGUUAUCGACAGCAGCCGUCAGAAGUAAGAAAUCCCUUCUUAAUUCUUCCAUAUGCAUGUGCCAACAAAUGAUCAUGUGGUUGUAUAUGUGUGUUUGUGUGAAAGAAAAAAUAUGUUUCUUUGAUAUUUUGAGAGUACUCUUCCGCAUUACGCUAUUUCACCGAAGAAGAAAAAAAACCCCCAUUCGACCCAUUUUCUUUCCCCGUUAUCCCUCUGGACUGAGUUUUCCCUUUGUAAUUUGAUAAAUGGGAAUACGAACAAAACUGGAAUCUUCGGGAUUAUUUUCUCUAUUAUUUAUUCGAAGCAAAGUUAAUGCAAUGAGGAAGUCGUAUUUGCUAAUCCGAAACGAAAUGAGGUCGUAGGUUUUUUCCCCCCUUUUUCUGUAUAACAUGAAAAUGAGAAUACACCGAAUACGUAUCUCUCAUAUAACAUAACAACGUGAAUAUAUUGAAGCAAUACUAAUACACAAAUACAGAAACAUAGACGAAUUCACCUCUAGCACAGUCUAUUUUAGCGGUAUGUAAUGGAAUAGUUAACUUGAAGUACUUUCCCCGAAAGUAUCAAACGCGGAUUUAACCGUGUAUCAAUUACUGGUUCCAUCAAAAGGGUCCUUUACAAAACUGUUGUUAUUUAUCUCCCAUUGUUGUUACAUCUUCUUGGAAGAAAGCUCUUAUCUACCCCCUUGUUCACCCCUUUUAUCAUUCGAAUUCUCAUGCCAGUGCAGCAACACACAACAGGAAAGCAAUAGUUAAAGCAACCAAACAAAACGAACGCUUAGGGUAGGGAAGUUCUGUCGCAUCACAAUGCAAUUUAUCGGUGGAUUGUUGACAUGUUAGGGAAAACAAACGGGCUCACUGUGCAUCUAAAUUAUGCUGAUACGUAUCCUUAUGAUCAGGGAGAGGUUUAGAUUUUAUUUUGUCAUUUCGUUUGCCGAAUCAGAAACCACUAACAGCAACACCAGGUCUCAUCUUCAAGGAUCCAUCAGCAUUAGCUAGGAACUAGGUACGCAACAAAGGCGCUAGAAAAAGAAGCAAAGACUUAUGACGCAGGAAUUAUGGAUCGAACUUGUUGUAAAUGAUAUUAUCUAACUAGUAGGAACAUGGCAUAAACACCUUCAGUUCAGAACGAAAGCUUAUGAAGCACGCACGCGGCAAGCCGAUCAUAUAUGUAGUAAUACCCCCCCCUGUUAUGUAUACAUAUCAUUUCACGCACUCUCUAAUCAUUUUCCAAAAAACAAGGUUCGGAAUUAUGUUAUAUUUCCAGCAUGAAGGAUGAGAUCUUUCGCCUGUUGUUACCAUGUGCAUCAUACAAUUGUUUGCAAGUGGUAUUGUAAAAAACCACCCUCUAGAUACGUGUAAACCGAGGUCUUUGUCUACGGUAGAGAAAUAACACACACAAAAGACUUUUGUCGGUAGACUCUUCAAAUCGACGAAUCUGUACUAAAUAUGCACGGAGGAAAGAGAAGAAGUCCCAGAAGAGACGCUAUAUACAAAACCUAUUAUACACAGAGACUCGUUAACGUCAAAACGUUUAGAUUUCAUCGGUCGGUGUACAUACUUAGUAGCAAGAGAAUUCAGAAUUCAGGAACAGAAAACCAGCCCACAAAACGUGACUAUUAGUGCAGGGUGGUUUGUAUGUUCCCUGGUUUAGGUAGCAUAGAAAUGCAUUACUUCAUCGUACUUUUUUUUUGUUCACGCCUCGUCUGGCGGUUGCAAUGUUCUUUCAGCCAUUGUUGAUGAAACGUUCGCAGAGAAUCUAUAUAUAUAUAUAUACAGACACACAUAUAGAUAUAUACAAACACAACAUAUAUACAUACAGAUAUUUAAAGACAAAGGUAUCAAAUUUUUCAGUGUAAUUUAUCUCGAAACAUAUGCAAAACGAUAUUAAACGCAAAAUGAACGCUGUCGAGUGCAGCGUGACAACGGUUCAGGUGGCGAGUAACGCAGGUGUAACGAUCGUAUUCGGUGGUGGUAGAAAAGGACACUUUCGAUGCAUGUAGUGGUGCUCCGAAAUAAUUCAUUGCGAGCAUUUAGCGAGAUAAAUAGCGUUUCACCAACGUAUUCGCUGUGGGACGAAUUUGGGAUUUCGUGUCGGUAUUCAUACACUGCAGAAACAGACAUUAGAGCAAUCACACCAAGCGGGGGGAUAACGCAGUAGGACAUUAUUGAAAUGGCUAUAGAAGCGACAGGGAAAAUAGAACCGUGUUAUAGGGGAAACAUACAGUGCCGGGAAGAAAUAGGUGCAACAGGUGUAAGUGGAAAACAAAAAGAUUAAAAACAAAAAUCUACUCUGUACAGAAGAGAAAAAUAUAUAAUAUCGUUACAACCAAAA